AUGGGCGUCUCAACAGAAACAAGUAGAGAUUCAUAUGCUUCGGUACCUUCCGAAACCAAAGACUCAACCCCCGCUCACCUUGACCGGUCUACAUUUCCACGCACAGUCUCCCUACCAGACGAGAGAAUUCACAUCGAAUUGACAUACGAUCCCCUCAGUGCAGAUACAGCAUUAUCCUACACCAAUUCCCCCGCAGCAGGCGCAAAUGUGUUCUUCCUAGGGACAACGCGAAACACAUUCGACGGUCGUGCCGUCGCUCAACUCAGUUAUACAUCCUACCCACCACUGGCAUUAAGGACCCUGACAGAGAUCGCACGACAAAGCAAAGAAAAACAUGGGCUUAUCGCUGUGAGCAUCUCCCAUCGGCUAGGGACGGUGGCUGUCGGGGAGGCGUCAAUUUUAAUUGCUGUGAGCUCGGGGCACAGACGUGCGGCUUGGAGAGCCGGCGAGGAGAUCCUGGAUGAGUGCAAGGCAAAGGCGGAGAUCUGGAAACGGGAGGAGUUCGUGGGUAGCAAACCGGAAGACGGGGAAUGGAGGGCAAAUAAAGAUUGGGAUGGGGAGGGAAAUUUAGUCUCACAUCAAUAA